AGAGGAUGGUUCCAUAGUCCUAGAUUUUAUUCUACGCCAUUGAAUUGUCACGUAUAACCUUAGACUAUGGAAUUUUCCAUCCUCUAAGCGUAUAACGUUAAAUCAAUGUAAAAUCGAAAAACACGAUUUGUUUUCACAAAAACACAAAAAUAUUGUCUACAGUUUUGGAAUUUAAUUUUGGUAUAAUGUUUGUCUAUACGUAACUCACGAAUUGCGAUUAGAUUAGCUGAUAUUAACUGAUAGUUGACAUAUUUUAUCAUCGAUUGUUGUUUCAAGAAUAAAAUUUUACGCGGCACCUGAUUACGCGCACAGUCAAUGCUGUUUUUCCGAGUUGUUAGUAAAAAAAUCAGGUUAUGUACGUAUCGACUCUAGUAUUUUCCUUGUUUUCACUGAUAGUCAGCUGUUCGGGAACCAUGGAUGAUCAAUCGUUCUCAAACUCAAUCGCCACAUUUUCGGCAAAAUUCUGCAAUGAAUUAGAUAAGACUAAAAGUGUAGUUUCGUCCCCUUUAUCUGCGGAAUACGUGCUCGCUUUGCUCGCUUUGGGCUCCAUCGAACCAACGCACUCGGAGUUACUUACUGCUCUUGGUGUUCGCGAUGAUGAUGAAGUUCGUUCAUCAUUCUGCGAAAUUUCGUCCAAGAUUAGAUCAAUUCAAGGUGUGACCCUGAAUGUAGCCAACCGGGUGUACAUUAUGGAAGGUAGUUACGAACUGGAUGAUAAUUUGCAGAAAGAUGCCGUUAAUGUUUUUGAUGCUGGCAUUGAAAAGGUUAACUUUGUUAAUAGCCAGGCUGCUGCUUCCCUUAUAAACAGCUGGGUUGAAAACAAAACCAAUAAUCGUAUCAAGAACCUUCUUACUCCGGAUUCUUUCGACGAAAACACACGGAUGGUUCUCGUCAACGCUCUCUAUUUCAAGGGUGACUGGGAUUCUAAAUUUAACCCCGAACUUACACAAGAUAAGCCAUUCCACGUCAACAGUACCACCAAGAUCAAUAUUCCGAUGAUGUACAAAGAAGAUGAAUUCCCUUACGCAGAGUGCCAGGGCCUCGACUCACAGAUUCUAAUAAUGCCAUACAAAGGCAAAUCAGCAAGUAUGGCGAUCAUAUUGCCAAGUCAAGUUGAUGGCUUGGACAAUGUGUUGACCAAACUUGCUGAGGGAUUCGACCUCAUGUCGGCCUUGAAAAAUACAUUCAGCGUAAAGGUGCAGGUCACCAUUCCUAAGUUCAAGAUAGAGACUGAAAUUGAUCUGUUGCAAGUUCUGCCCAAGUUGGGUAUUACAUCAAUUUUCAACGCACAAAAGUCAGGUCUCGAUAACAUGUUGAAGAGCCCAGAACCUUUGUAUGUGUCCAAAGCUGUGCAGAAGGCUUUUAUCGAGGUGAACGAAGAGGGCGCUGAAGCAGCGGCUGCCACCGCGGUGGUGCGAACGAGGCGCGCGAUUGCAAUAGCCGAUCUGCAGCGCGAGUUCCACGUGGACCGACCAGCGCUCUGGUGCCUCAUGAUAGAGCAGCACCUCGUCUUCCUAGUGCGCCAUCAGCCUAGCGAGCCACCCCCCGCCUCACACGAUGAGUUAUAACACAAGUCUCAAGCGGCAGUGGUGAUGAUGCGGUGUGCAAUAGUCUCAAUGCCGCAUCAGUUCGUAGCCAACCGUCCAUUCCUGGUCGCAAUCA